ACCAGGGCACGGUUCCAAAUGGUGCCCGUCGCGGAGGACAGCCGCUUGGCGGCAGCUUCCCGCUGAACCAGUACCAGAACUUCAACAACUGGCAGACCCAAUAAGUUUCUUAGUUAUCUAAUACCAUUUAUUUCUAGCUGCAGCCUCAAGGGAACAGGAAGCUGGCUGCCACGUCCGGGUUGCCGCUGGCUGCGUCCAGGGCGCUGAUGGCCUGCUCGCGAGUCACGCCAAACGACAUGAUCGCCUGGACCGUCUCCUCCGGGUACUUGGCCUGGCCAGCCCCUGGUUGGGCCGCUGGCUGGACUGCCGGUGCCGCAGCCAUGCCACCUGGCGGCACAGCCGGAGCGCCUGUCUGCUCGGGCUGCUCGGCGUCGUCUAUCAUCUUGGGCAGCUCGUGCUCGGGCCGGAAGCCAAUGCUCUCAUCGCCAAUCACCAGCGCGUUGUGCUUCAGGUCAAUGCACGCCUGGUGGCGCUUGAGCAUGUCCAGGCCGAACAGUAGAUCCACAUGCUUCCCCUCCAUAACCGUAAACGAGCACAGCAGCAUCUGCCCACCCACCUUCAUCUGCGCGUUAUGCACACGGCCCAGGAUCCUGGCCUGCCCGACACCGCGCGCAAUGCCUGCGAACCGCGUGUCCAGCAGCCGCAUGAUUCCGCAGCGCUCUGCGCAGUCCGGGCUCAUAAUCGUGGCUUGGGCACCCGAGUCGACAAACGCCUUGACGGGCGUCCCGUUGACCUCCACGUUGAUGUACAGCAUCGUCACCUGCGCAAACGACUCGGGGUUGUGCUCCAUCGCAAUCUCCAUAUUGCGUGCCACGUUCUCCUGCCGGAUCGCCUCCUCAAUGCGUCGCUGCGCCUCCACAUUGAACGGGUCCGCGUUCAGCUCCUCGAUUUCUUGCUGCCGCUGCUGCUCCGCCUGCUGCCGCUGCGCCUCGAGCUGCCCCACGAGCCGCGCAAACUCUGCUGGGUUCGACCGAGCCGCCCGUUCCGAUUUCCGGCUGUCCCUGCGACAGCUGCUGCAGGAGCACCGGGUCGUUCAGAAGCCGCUGCCGCAGGGACUCCAUCUGCGGGCUGGUUCCCGCCGCUGGCCCUGCGACUGGUGCUGGUGUUGGCGCCUGCUGCUUGGUGCUGUCAAACAGGUACACCAUGUCGUCGUUCUGCAGUCCAAGGUUCUUGAGCGAUGCCUUUGCGUUCGUCAGCGCUUGCCCGUUAUGCAGAAUCGUCUGGUUCUGCACUGGGAUGUCUGCCUACGUAAUACCCUGGUUAGUGACGUGUACCUUGCUGCACCUGCCCCUGCUGCCUGCCUGCCUGCUGCCUGCAUACUUGCCUCCAUCUCAAGCAGUGCCCUCAGGUUCUCGAGCUCCAUGGAGUCGUCGACUUCGAUGUUGAACGUCGUCGACGGGUGCACUGUAAUUGUCAGGCGCAUUUGCAAAAAGUGUGGAGGAAUAAAAAUAAAACAGAAAGCCUGGGAGAGAAGAAAAUGUGGCUCCGGUGAGGGGUUGCCUGUUCCUCAGAAGCUUGUCUGCCGCCCACCUGAUCCGCACUUUAUUAUUUGGCCACCCGGGCACUGUCUCCACCGUCGGCUCUCCUGCCUGAGGUUCCUCUGUCCUGUGUCACGCUGGACCACUCCUCCGAAAGAUGCGCAAUUUCGUCUCCAGCCGAGUGGGCGAACCUCGUACUGACUGAAGCCUGGCCCACUGAUUUUUGGAGUAGGGGUGGUCGGGCCACCUGCCGCACAACCAUCUCCAUAAGCCGGCCUGCCUCUCACAAUCGCCGACCGCAUAAAAACCGCGUCCACGCGCCGCCAGCAAAUCUCCUCCUUAGUUUAAAACAAAAAAUUUAUUCCGAUU